UUCAAAGCUUAAGGCACACACAGAGUUAAUUGAAAACAAUUCGAAUCGGAAAGAUGAUAUUCGAUUGCGGUGCAAAUGAACUUUAAAAAAUGUCAUUGAACAAAAGUUGAAAUCAACAAAAAAAAAGUGAAACUAAAAACAAAUUAAAAUAAAAAAACGAUCUCAAAUAAAAAAGAAAUAAAUAAAUAAAUCUCAAAUCAUGUUUAGAAGUAGUAAACGGACAAAAUGCAAAGUGCAAUUGUUGUUCUUGUUAUUGUUAAUAUUUAUAGUAAAUUUUAAAAGUAUCCUUUGUGCAGCUGUAGCAUAUACGGCGUUCAGCAAUGAAGUAUUCGACAAUACGGAUCUCUUGCGAUCCAAAUAUACCGGCCAAAUGUUAUCCUUUAUGAACUUUUCCAUUGAUCCUUGCGAGGAUUUCUAUGAAUUCGCCUGCGGAAAUUGGAAAAAUGUUAUCGAAGAACAUCAGUCGCCUAGUAAACGUACCAAUCUUAAUGAUAUUGACUACGGCUUGGCCAAUAUCGCUGAAAUGUUACUACAAGAACCAAAUAUUUUAAAUAUUGCCCCCGAAUACGAUGAGGAGUUUCAAUUAACCAAAAAAUUCUACUAUGAUUGUCUGGCAGCCAAUCUGGUCGGCAUUACAAAAUCUGAGGAUUAUUUGGAAGUUCUUCAACAGAUUGGUGGUUUUCCGGCCCUUGAUCCUGACUGGGAUCCUGCAGCUUUUAGCUGGGUAAAUAUGAGUGCCCACAUGAGCAAUUACGGCAUUAGUGGUAUGAUGCGUGAAGGUGUUGUCCCUGAGUACCCUUUCCAAGCCUAUUUUGAUUUGCCCAGUUUUGGAUUAGAAAUAGAACUUCAUCCGGACAGUAUUCAAGACACCAGUUCCAACGCUUAUCAAACCAAUUAUCAAAGAAUGCAUGACAUUUUAUCUGUUUAUGAAAUCGAGGAAGAUCAAAUACCAGUUAUUGUUGAUGAAAUAUUUGAAAUGCUUCGGGAGGUACUUGUUGUGUUUGAAGAAUUUGAUGAAAAUGAAUUCAAAUGCAAAAAUAUAACCAGUUUACUGGAUGAAUCCACUGCUGAGGCUGUUAACAUUACCGUGAGAGAGCAAUGGCAGAGCUAUUUAGAGAUUGCUUGGAAAAAUAAAGAUUUGGAAUUGGAAGAUGAUUAUAAACCGUGCGAUUAUCUCUACUAUAAACUGGAGACUAUAUGUGCUGACCACAAAGAAGCUGUUGCAAAUUAUUUAUCCCUGAAAUUUUUGCAUGAACUCGAUUCCCAACUCAAGGAUGUGAAGUAUCAAAAGGAGUAUUGUGUAUCGAGGAUGCGUGCCGUGAUGACGUUUUUAUUUGAUCAUUUGUAUAUGAAGCUCUACGCCAACGAAGAAUUGUUCGACGAGGUGAAUGCAAUGAUUGAUGAUAUCAAAUCAAGUUUAAGCUCCCUGGUGGAAGAGGCCGAAUGGUUGGAUGAUGAGACACGUGAAGAAGCUCUUCUUAAAGAAGCGAGCAUAAAUAAAGUCAUCGGACGAUAUGAAACACCCGAAACCGUACAACGUCUUAUAGCUGAAAUGAAAAAUCUCGAAUUCGUUGAAGGUGGAAGUUAUGAGGCAAACAAUUUAAAUUUAAAGAAAUUCGAACAAUUUAUAGAUCGCUACAAUGGUCUACAUGCUGCGGAGUUGGAUAACAACACAAAACCGCUGCAAUUGCUGGUGGGAAUGCAGCCAAAUGCUUUUUACUAUAAUAUCGAUAAUUCCAUGUAUGUAAUGGCGGGUGUAUUGCAUCCACCAACAUUUGAUAAGAUUUGGCCAAAUUCACUGAAAUAUGGAACGCUGGGCUAUUUGGUGGGGCAUGAGUUGACCCAUGCCCUCGAUACAGCGGGUGCCAAAUACGAUCACACUGGCAGUAAGCGUUACUGGUGGUCUGACUACUCGGAUAGUUUGUUCAAGGAGCGAGCCCAAUGUUUUGUUGACUACUUCAAUAACUAUCAUGUUCCGGAAAUAAAUCGCAACAUUAACGGCAAUAUCACGAGAGAUGAAAAUAUUGCCGAUGCCGGUGGUUUGCGUGUAGCUAUGUUGGCUUAUCGUCGUCUAAGGGAAAAUAUCGCUGCCGAAAAUCCAGCAUCAGCAAUGGAUGAUAGCGAUGAACGUAUGCCAGGUUUAGAUUUUACACCCGAACAAUUAUUUUUCCUAGGCAAUGCCCAGGUGUGGUGUUCAUCCUACAAGGAAGCCAAUUAUUGGGAGGAGCUGUCCGAUGUCCACACCAUUGAUAAAUAUCGUGUCUUGGGUAUGGUGUCAAAUAAUGCUGAUUUUGCCCAGGCAUAUAAUUGCCCCUUGGGUAGUGCAAUGAAUCCCGUUGAAGAUAAGUGUAUAAUAUGGUAGUUUUAAGGCAACCACAAAAGUAAUAUAAGAAAAUAAAUUUAGAUAAUUGUUAU